AUGCCUCCCGCGAUGCAGAGUCGAGUACCUUCGACAAGCCUGCUUAGGUUCCUGCGAUCGCAAACGGAGGCCUCAAUCUUCAGCCGGAACCAAGGCAUCGAAGCCUCCGCUUGUAUCUCUCGAUGCGGCGGCUCCCCUCGACCAGCUCAAAACCCCAGGUGCCUCGCAAAGCGAACCUCAAAGACGGGCACGAGAUCACUUUCGACAGCGACUACGAGCUGCAGACGACCCGAGAUCCACAUCACCACCGCCGCCCGGAUAUCCCGCAGGCACAGAGCUCUCGAACCACUAGCGACAGCAUCGUCGUCGCCCUCGACGACCACCGCCGCCGCCGCCUUCUUCAGCACAACUCGCGCGAGACAAGAUGCUUGCGGCGACGACCCCUCGGCGCCCCGUCGGCGGACCUGGAAGGAGAAGCUCUGGGGCAUCAGCAGCUGGGGCGGCGCCAAGGCGUUGAAGCCCAACGACCUCCCCUUCCACGACGAAGGGGGCGCGGGUUCCAUGUUCAACAACCGCCGCGUGCUGACCGCCAAAGCCGCGCUCGAGCCGAGGCUGCGGUGUACCGAGGUGGACGAGAACGGUGAGGUCAUCUUGGUGGAUGGCGAGUUCAAGAAGACGGAGCUCAUCGCAAAGUACGGCCUGCUACCCCGCGACUUGCGAAAGAUUGACUCGUCAAACCUCCCUCACAUCUUUGUCCGCCAGUCCGCCAUCCUCCUCAACCUCCUCCACCUCAAAGUCCUCAUCAAAAAGGACCGCGUCCUCCUCUUCGACGUCUACGGCUCAAAGACGUCGUACCCGCAGUCCGCCUUCAUGUACGAUUUACAGGGCAAGCUCAAACAAAAGAACACGCAGGGCGGCGGCAACGGCGUCGGCGGCCUCCCCUACGAGUUCCGCGCCCUCGAAGCCGUUCUCACUUCUGUGACGUCGGAGCUCGAGGCCGACUUCGAGUCCGUCCGGGACCCCGUCAUCCGCGUCCUCAGCGAGCUCGAGCACGAUAUCGACCGCCACAAGCUGCGCGUCCUCCUUAUCUUGUCUAAGCGCGUGAGCACCUUUGAGCAAAAGGCCAAGCUGGUCCGCGACGCUAUCGAGGAGCUGCUCGAGGCCGACGACGACUUGGCGGCCAUGUACCUCACCGAAAAGGCGCAUGAUCUGUACCGCGGGGUGGAUGACCAUACCGAGGUGGAGCUGCUGCUUGAGUCGUAUAAUAAGCUCUGCGACGAAAUCGUCCAGGAGGCUCAGAACUUAGUGUCUGGCAUCCGCAACACCGAGGAGAUCAUCCGCGCAAUUCUGGACGCCAACCGCAACGCCCUCAUGCUCCUAGAACUCCGCUUCAGCGUCGGCACCCUAGGCCUAGCAAUGGGCACCUUCCUCGCGGGCCUCUACGGCAUGAACCUCGAAAACUUCAUCGAGGACACAAACUGGGGCUUCGCCGGCAUCACAGUCACCUCGACAAUCUGCUCUCUCCUCGUCUGCUGGUACGGCCUCGUCAAGCUCCGCAAGGUCCAGCGCGUCAAAAUGAUGUUUGACGAGCGCGGACCCCUGACGCGGAAUACCCGCUCCUUGCUCUCUUCGUCGCCCUCGCCUUCGUCGUCCCAUGCCCAGCAGCAGGCUGUCGGCCAGCAGCAUUGGUUGGACGACGGGCCGGGGAGCCUUCUGGACGCGAGGAACCGCGAAAAGAUUCGGCGCGUGACGAAUCAAAAGGCCGCUGCGGCGGCGAAUGCCAAGAGCACGACCAAGAAGUGGUUCCAGUGA